AGUAUAUUUGCCAUAUAUUCAACCACACAGUCAGUUGUAUCUGUGUCUCAUUACUCAAUCUGAACGCGAUCGGCAGAGAGGACUCCUCGAAAACUUGUGCCACAACAACUUGUCCAAUCAACGUCAAUUGAGUAAUAAGUCGUCACGGUUCGCAGUCCAUCCCUCAAGAAGCAACCAUGUCUCGAGUUCUGGUCGGAGUCAAGCGAGUCAUCGACUAUGCCGUCAAGAUCCGCGUCAAGCCGGAUAAGUCCGGGGUGGUGACCGAGGGCGUCAAGCACUCGAUGAACCCCUUCGAUGAGAUUGCCGUAGAGGAAGCAGUCAAGUUGAAGGAAAAGAAGAUCGCUUCGGAGGUGGUGGCCGUAUCGGUUGGCCCCACUCAGGCCCAGGAGGUACUCCGGACUGCAUUGGCCAUGGGUGCUGAUCGGGGUAUUCACAUCGAAGUGUCUGGCAAGGACUUCGAGCUUCUGCAGCCAAUCCAUGUGUCGAAAAUCCUGGCCAAGUUGGCCCAGGACGAGAAGGCCGAUUUGGUAAUUCUCGGCAAACAGGCAAUCGAUGACGAUUGCAAUCAGACAGCGCAGAUGACUGCCGCCCUGCUGGACUGGCCGCAGGCUACAUUCGCUUCCAAGGUUGAGAAGACUGGCGACGGUCUGACGGUGGUGCGUGAGAUCGAUGGCGGUCUGGAGACGAUUAAAACCAAGGUGCCGGCCGUGAUCAGUGCUGAUCUGCGCUUGAACACUCCCCGCUACGCAACGCUGCCGAACAUCAUGAAGGCCAAGAAGAAGCCCAUCAAAAAGGUGGCCCCGAAGGACCUCGGCGUGGAUACGACUCCCCGCAUCGAGGUGGUUUCUGUCGAGGAUCCUCCGGUGCGUCAGGCCGGUUCGAUUUUGCCCGAUGUGGACACCUUGUUGGGAAAAUUGCGCGAUGGCGGACAUAUUAAGUAGAGGAAGAAAUCAGGGGUAGAAUGGCGCGGGGGAUGAGAAAUGUCGAAGUAGUUUCGUAAUAUUCUCUUGAUUGGUUCAGGUCACAAAGUGCAUUUCCAUUUACCAAACUAAUGCGAUCGAAAUGAAGUGAACAAAUGGUUUUGAGAUGUGUUACAGCAGUGCAAAUAUAAUUUGUAAUAAAAUAAGAAAUCUGUGGGCUUCCUAA